CGUGGACCCUUCUGGCGAAAGAUUGUUGCUGUUAACCAUAACCGCUCUGUAGCUGUAAAAUGUACGUUUGGACGCUGCAAAUACAAAUCAUGUGCUUAAAAAUGCGAGACAAAAGUAAGAAAAACUAAAGAGAUUUUAUAAUAAUAAUAGUGUUAUGACUAUUGAUUGUAGGGCAAGAAUUUCAACCAAUCAGAUUCCGAUGCGGCGUUUCCUCCCAUAAUGUCUUGCUCUCGGAAGUAUGGCAGCUGUUGUGUAGCUUGCUAUAUGUGAGCGUAACGCUUUACACUUUUAAUUAUGUCCACCGUACUUUUCCUGAAAAACUCGUUGAGAAGACCGGCACCGAGCGUCUAUCGGAAGAUUGUCGGUUGCUGUUACCACACCAAGAAAGGUGUUUAUGGAUACCGACCCAAACAGAUAGACAGGGACCUCAAGUUGCAGAACGACCGCAUUGCUGCUCUAAAUCAAGAUCAUGGUCUUGCCCGUCUGGUGGAGGCAUACAGAGCACAUGGACACCACGCAGCUAAAAUUAAUCCUUUACUGUCGCAAAAGCCUGUUGAUGACAGUGUCCCGGAGAUAAACAUGCUGACUGGUAUCAUAAGAGGACAACUCAGGACCUCAGGGCUGCAGCACUUUGGUAAGGCCGAGGCUUCAGUGGAAGAGGUUCAGGCCUACCUGGAAGAUACCUACUGUAGUUACCUGUCAGUGGAGACCAGCCAGCUGAGCAGCCUGGAGGAGAGGGAGUGGUUUGCUAACCGGUUUGAGGAGCUUAAAGGGAAGAGUUUCUCGGCUGAGGAGAGGAGGCUGCUUGCCAAAAUCAUGCUGGAGUCUCAGGAGUUUGACCACUUCAUGGCCACCAAGUUUGCUACUGUGAAACGUUAUGGAGGAGAGGGAGCAGAGAGCAUGAUGGGCUUUUUCUAUGAGCUUUUCCACCAGUCAGCCCACAGCGGAGUCACUGACAUUGUCAUUGGCAUGCCCCACAGAGGCCGACUGAACCUCCUGACAGGCCUGUUGAAGUUCCCACCAGAGCUCAUGUUCCGUAAAAUGAGUGGCCUCAGCGAGUUCCCUGACACCUCUCCUGCCAUCGGUGACGUCCUCUCCCACCUCACCUCCUCAGUGGAGUUGGAUUUUGGGUCCCAGCACCCUCUUCAUGUGACCCUGCUACCCAACCCAUCUCACCUUGAAGCGAUCAACCCCACGGCUCAGGGCAAAACACGAGCCAUGCAGCAGCUCAGAAAAGAAGGAGACUAUUCAUCUGAGGACGAUGCCCAGCCAGGGGACAAAGUCAUCUGUCUGCAGGUCCAUGGUGAUGGCUCUUUCACUGGUCAAGGAAUUGUUCCAGAAACUUUGACACUCUCAAACCUCCCUCACUAUAGAGUUGGUGGGAGCAUCCACCUCAUUGUGAACAACCAAGUUGGUUACACCACUCCGUCAAAGAGGGGGAGAUCAUCUUUGUACUGUAGUGAUGUCGGUAAGAUGGUGAACUGUGCAGUGAUCCAUGUAAAUGGAGAUCAUGCAGAGGACGUACUGCGAGCCACUCGGCUAGCUGUGGACUACCAGCGGCAUUUCAGGAAAGACGUGAUCCUGGAUCUGAUCUGCUAUCGUCAGUGGGGCCACAACGAACUGGACGAGCCUUUCUUCACCAACCCGGCCAUGUACAAGAUAAUCCGGUCCCGUAGGAGUGUGCCUGACUCCUACUCAGACCAGCUGAUCUCUGAGGGUCUAUUGACUGAUGCUGAGCGUGAUGACCUCAAGUCCAAAUACUAUGGCAUGCUCAACGACAAGCUGGCCAACAUGACCCUGUAUAGCCCCCCACCCACCAACCUGCAGGGCCGCUGGGGAGAUCUGGUCGAACCCCAGGCCAGAGUCACUACCUGGGACACGGGCGUCCCUGUUCCUCUGCUGCAGUUUGUUGGAGCAAAAUCUGUAGAAAUCCCUGAGGAAAUUCACCUGCACAGCCAUCUUGGAAAAACUCAUGCACAGGCUCGGUUGCACAAGUUGGAAGAGGGAACCAAACUGGACUGGUCCACAGCAGAGGCCCUGGCAUUUGGCUCUCUCCUCUGCCAAGGCUUUAAUAUUCGAAUCAGCGGACAAGAUGUUGGAAGAGGCACAUUUAGUCAGCGACAUGCCAUGGUGGUGUGUCAGGACACCAAUGACACGUACAUCCCUCUCAAUAACAUCAGCCCUGAGCAGACAGCUUUCCUGGAGGUGUGCAACAGCCCGCUGUCUGAGGAGGCGGUGCUCGGAUUUGAGUACGGUAUGAGUAUCGCACAGCCGAAGCUCCUUCUCAUCUGGGAGGCUCAGUUUGGAGAUUUUUUCAACGGAGCGCAGAUCAUCUUUGAUACCUUCAUCUCUGGAGGUGAAGCCAAAUGGCUGCUACAGUGUGGGAUGGUGAUUCUGUUGCCUCAUGGCUACGAUGGAGCCGGACCUGAACACUCAUCCUGCCGCAUGGAGCGCUUCCUGCAGAUGUGUGACAGUAAAGAGGAGGGUGUGGAUGGCGACACCGUGAACAUGGCUGUGGUCAACCCCACCACUCCGGCUCAGUACUUCCACCUGCUGAGACGACAGAUGAUCCGUAACUUCCGCAAACCUCUCAUUGUGGUUGGACCCAAGACACUGCUGAGAUUUCCUGGGGCGGUGUCCAGUAUAACUGAAUUGGCACCAGGAACAUCUUUCAGGCCAGUGUUAGGUGAUGCUUCAGUCUCAACACAAAGCGUCCAGAGGGUGGUGCUGUGCUCAGGGAAGCAUUACUAUGCCCUUCUGAAACAGAGGGAGGCGUCAGCAGCCAACCAGAACACAGCGCUCAUCCGAGUGGAGGAGCUGUGUCCGUUCCCACUGGAGGCUCUGCAGCAGGAGCUCGGAAAGUACCCCAGUGCCAAAGAGUUUAUUUGGAGUCAGGAGGAGCCUCAGAACAUGGGCCCCUGGUCUUUUGUAGCACCCAGGUUUGAGAAGCAGCUGGCCUGCAAGCUCCGGGUAGUCAGCCGACCUGCUCUGCCUGCCCCCGCUGUGGGUAUCGGGAUCCUCCAUCACCAGCAACAAGAGGCCAUCCUCACCGCAACCUUCUCCUAAGACUCAACAAGACUGGGAACCAAAAUAAGCAGUACACAAACCUCAGUACUACACUACAUACUGUACGCGCUGUGGUCUUCCUACUAUUGCUAAUGCACAGCAGAUACACAAGACCUUUAGACAAAGUGGAUGUACAUAAAGUGAACAACUUGCUGGAAAUAUCAGAGCAUUAUCCUUGAAUUGUUUAUAUAAAAAAGGGAGAUCUUUAACUGGAUUUCACGUUACAUUUCAGGACAUUAAACUUUCUCUGAAGAAAGAAA